GUGUCGCUGUUGGCUCACGAUGGGCCGAAGGGCGAGCGGCGGCCGGCGGAGCAACGGCGAGCCGGCGAGCUAGCCGCGGGGCUGCAAGGUCCGAGCCCGAAGAGGCGCAGUGUGAGCAAGCCGAGUCGGGCCAGGGUGCUCGGUGGAAGGCUCGACGAGAGCAGCACGGCGGCAGCGGGUACCCAUAGGCUGGCUCCAGUGGGCGGAGGGGCGAGCGGGCAGCUUGCUGCCGGGCUUUGCAAUGGCGGAGAGAGGAAGGCGGCGGGGCCGGCGGGAGCGAGCCCUGCUGUGGUGCGUGCUGGUGGCGGCGUGGGAGGCGGCGUGGGGGCAGCUGCGCUACUCGGUUCCCGAGGAGGUGCCGAAGGGCUCGUUCGUGGGCGACGUGGGCAAGGACCUGGGGCUGGAGCUGCCGGCGCUCCGACACCGUGGCGUCCGCGUCUUGGACACAGGUAGGACGCAGUACUUUUUUUUGGACUUGCAAAAUGGCCACUUAUCUACCAAGAAGCGGGUGGACAGAGAAGAGAUAUGCGCAGCUGUUAGUAAAUGCGCCUUAAAUUUUGAGAUUCUUGUAAGAAAUCCGAUGAAGCUUUACAGAGGGGAGGUAGAAAUACUGGAUAUUAAUGACAAUUCGCCCACUUUCCCUGUAAGGAACAGCGUCUUAGAAAUCAGCGAGUAUACUGCACUAGGCACGCGUUUCCCGUUGGAGAAAGCUGAAGAUCCCGAUAUAGGAAUGAACUCUUUACAGAAUUACGAGUGUAGUGAGAGCAGCUAUUUCUCCUUGGACGUGAAAAACGGAGAUGAUGGUGUGAUGUAUCCGGAAUUAAUAUUGGUGAAAUCUUUAGAUCGAGAACAGCAGGCUACUCAUAAUUUAAUCCUGACAGCCACAGACAGAGGGAGUCCUGUAAAAUCGGGGUCGACAACAAUCCAAAUAAUUGUGUUAGAUGGAAAUGACAAUGCUCCGGAAUUUACUCAACCCGUUUAUAGAGUGACUGUGAGAGAAGACUUGGUCGUGGGAAGCAGGGUGUUGCAGGUGACAGCGACUGACAAAGACGAGGGGCCUAACGCCGAGGUAAAGUACACAUUCUUUAAAAUCCCGGAGAAAUUCGAAAAGACUUUUGAACUGGAUCCGGAAAAUGGAGAAAUUAGAAUAACAGAGAAGCUGAAUUUCGAGGAACAAGAGUUUUACGAAUUGGACAUACAAGCCCGGGACGCGGGCGGACUCUCGUCCCACGGCAAGGUUCUCAUCAAGGUUUCUGAUGUGAACAACCACGUCCCCGAGAUUGUCAUUAUGUCUGUGUUCAGUCCGGUCCCAGAAGAUACACCGCUGGGGACAGUCAUUGCAAUUUUCAACGUCCAAGACAGGGACUCCGGGGAGAACGGGGAGGUGCGGUGCUCGGUGGACGGGGGCGUCCCGUUCCGCCUGGAGAGAUCGUUUGAUAAUUACUACGGCGUGGUGACGGCGAGAGAGCUGGACCGCGAGGAGGUGUCGGAGUACAACGUGACGGUGCGGGCGGCGGACGGCGGGUCGCCGGCGCUGUGGAGCAGCGCGGUGCUGGCGCUGCGGGUGCUGGACGUGAACGACAACGCGCCGGUGUUCGCGGAGGCGCGCUACAGCGCCCGGCUGCCCGAGAACAACGCGGCGGGCGCGCUGGUGCUGACGGUGCGGGCGACGGACGCGGACUGGGGGCAGAACGCGCGCGUGCGGUACCGGCUGUCGGAGGGGCGGGUGCGGGGCGCGCCGCUGUCGUCGUACGUGUCGGUGCAGGCGGAGACGGGCGCGCUGUACGCGCUGCGCCCGUUCGACUACGAGGAGGUGCGCGAGGUGGGGCUGUGGGUGCGGGCGGAGGACGGCGGCGCGCCGCCGCUGAGCAGCAACGUGUCGGUGCGGCUCGUGAUCGUGGACGAGAACGACAACGCGCCGCAGGUGCUGUACCCGCCGGCGGCGGCGGCGCCGGGCGCGGGCUGGGCGGGCGUGGAGCUGGCGCCGCGCUCGGCCGAGCCCGGGGCGCUGGUGGCCAAGGUGGUGGCGGUGGACGCGGACGCGGGGCAGAACGCGUGGCUGUCGUACGAGCUGGCCAAGGCGACGGAGCCGGGGCUGUUCCGCGUGGGGCUGCACAGCGGCGAGGUGCGGACGGCGCGCUUCCCGCUGGCCCGCGACGCGGCGCGGCAGAGCCUGGUGGUGGUGGUGAAGGACCACGGGCGGCCGGCGCUGUCGGCCACGGCCACGCUGACGGUGGUGCUGGCCGAGAGCGUGGCCGAGCUGCUGUCGGAGCUGGGCAGCGCGGCGGCGGCGGCGGAGGCGGCGGGGGAGCCGGCCGGCAGCCUGACGCGGUGGCUGGUGGUGGCCGUGGCGGCCGUGUCCUGCCUCUUCCUCGCCUUCCUGCUGCUGCUGCUGGCGCUGCGCCUGCGGCGCUGGCGCCGCUCGCAGCUGCUGGCGGCGGGCAGCGGCGCCUUGCGCGGCGUGCCGGCCUCGCACUUCGUGGGCAUCGACGGCGUCCGCGCCUUCCUGCACUCCUACUCGCACGAGGUGUCGCUCACCGCCGACUCGCGCAAGAGCCAGCUCCGCUUGUCGGGCGGCAGCUGCUGCGACACCCUCCCGGCCCGGCCGCUGGCUGAGUCUUCAGGUGUUCUUGUCCCUGCAGAAGAUCACAUUGCCGAGAAUAAUGGCCAAAAUUCCUUUCAGCGAUCGCCGUUCAAAGUGGGAAAGCUGUGUGCUGGCUCGGGAUCGCCCAACUAUCGACGGAGAAGCGGCUCCACCGUCGGCUCCUCCCCGGCCCCGCCGACCGCGCAGUGCAGCUACGCAAGGAGCAGAGCGAAGAGCAGGAAUUGCCCGACACAGCCCGUCCUCCAAUCGGCAACCGGGAUUUCAUAUAUUUAUUUCUCUCCAGUACUCGAAAAGCCUUAUUUAAGACGGUCUGCAGAACACGCUUCAGCAAAGCAGAGAAUGGAGGUUCGACCGGCAGCGCGGGGCCGGGCAGCCGCCGGGAGGGUCGCGCUGUUGGCAGUGCUGCUGCUGGUGUGCUGCCGGGCGGCGGCGGAGCGGAUCCGCUACGCCAUCCCCGAGGAGCUGGGCAGAGGCUCGCUGGUGGGGCCGCUGGCGCGGGACCUGGGGCUGAGCCCGGCGGACCUGCCCGCACGCAGGCUGAGGAUAGUCUCUGGUGACGAAAAGCAAUACUUCUAUCUCGGGGAAGAUAAUACAAAUCUGCGGGUAAAGGAGAGGAUUGACCGAGAGGGCAUUUGCGGGGCCGUGUCGCCCUGUGUCCUCAGUUUGGAGGCAGUCGUGGAAAAGCCUUUCAAUUUAUUUCAUGUAAGCGUUACUAUCGAGGAUAUUAAUGACAAUUCGCCGCGGUUUGAUAGAGAUUUUGUCGCCAUAGAAAUGAUCGAAUCCACGCCUCCUGGGGCCCGGUUCCCACUGGGCAGUGGCAGAGACCCCGACGUCGGAGUGAACUCAUUACAAAACUAUCAACUUACCCCCCAACCGCUCUUCUCCCUUGUAGUGAGGGAGAGUCCUGAUGGGACGAAACACGUGGAACUGGUACUGGAGAAAAGCUUAGAUCGAGAAAAACAGACACAGCACUAUUUGACACUGACGGCGGUGGAUGGCGGGGAUCCAGUCCGAUCCGGGACCACCCAGAUUAAGAUUAACGUGACCGACGCAAAUGACAACCCGCCGGUAUUCACCAAAGAGGUCUACAAGGUUCGACUGCUGGAAAACCUUCCAGAGGGCUCCUUAGCUUUUCAGGUGAAAGCUACUGACGACGACGAAGGUACAAAUGCAGAAAUUAUCUACUCUUUCAGUGACAUAGCAAACAGUGCUCGCCAGCUCUUCACCCUGGACUCCGAGACAGGAGACGUAAAGGUUACAGGCCCCUUAGAUUAUGAAGAGGGUAAAUAUUACGAAGCAAUUGUUGAAGGCAAGGACGGCGGCGGGCUAAGCACUCACGCCAAAGUGCACAUAGACAUUGUAGACGAGAACGACAAUGCGCCAACACUUUCCCUACUGCCUAUCGUGAACCCGAUACCAGAAGACUCAGUCCCGAGCACAGCUGUAGCUGUAAUCAAUGUCCGUGACAGAGACUCAGGGAAUAACGGAAAAGUGAGCUGCAACAUCGAUGGUGAUUUCCCUUUCAGACUAGAACCGUCUUCAGAAAACACCUAUAAACUAACAAUAUCUAGUGCCCUGGACAGAGAAAAUAUCUCCGCUUACAACAUCACCAUUACUGCCAGGGACUGGGGCAGCCCGGCGCUCUCCAGCCGCGCGGCGCUGGUGCUGGAGGUGUCGGACGUGAACGACAACGCGCCGGUGUUCGAGGAGGCCGCCUACAGCGCCUACGUGGCGGAGAACAACGCGGCGGGCGCGCCGGUGGUGCGCGUGCGCGCGCGGGACGCGGACGCGGGCGCCAACGGGCGCGUGAGCUACUGGCUGGCGGGCGGCAGCGCGGGCGCGUCGCCGUACGUGUCGGUGGAGGCGGAGACGGGCGCGCUGUUCGCGCAGCGCUCCUUCGACUACGAGCAGUGCCGCGAGUUCGCGGUGGCGGUGCGGGCGCAGGACGGCGGGUCGCCGGCGCGGAGCUCGACGGCGACGGUGCGCGUCUUCGUGCUGGACCGCAACGACAACGCGCCGCGGGUGCUGUGGCCGGCGGCGGGCGCGGGCGCGGGCGCGGGGGCGGGGGCGGCGCCGUUCGAGGUGGUGCCGCGGUCGGCCGAGGCCGGGUACCUGGUGGCCAAGGUGGUGGCGGUGGACGCGGACGCGGGGCGCAACGCGUGGCUGUCGUACGAGCUGGUGCAGGCGCCGGAGCCGGCGCUGUUCCGCGUGGGGCUGCACAGCGGCGAGGUGCGGACGGCGCGGGCCGUGUCGGAGAGGGACGCGGCGAAGCAGCGGCUGGUGGCGGUGGUGAAGGACCACGGGCAGCCGGCGCUGUCGGCCACGGCCACGCUGCACGUGGUGCUGGCCGAGAGCUUGCAGGAGGCGCUGCCGGAGCUGAGCGAGCGGGCGGCGGGCGCCGACUCGCCGGCGGAGCUGCAGUUCUACCUGGUGCUGGCGCUGGCGCUCCUCUCCGCCCUGUUCCUGCUGAGCGUGGCGCUGGCCGCCGUGGCGCGGGUGCGCCGGGCCGGGCCGCCCGCCGUCCUGCGCUGCCUGGGCGCGCAGCGCUUCUCCGUGGCCGGCGCCGCCGCCUUCCCUGCCGACUUCUGCGAGGGCACCUUGCCCUACUCCUACAACCUGUGCGUGGCGCCGGGACGCGCCGCCGCCGAGGGCCCUUGGCUGCCGCCGCCGCCGCCGCUGCCCAGCCUGCCGGCGGAGGAGCUUCUCGGCGGGGAGCCCUGCGGGAAGCGGAGCCCGAGCAGCAGCGCCGGCGCGGGAGAGCCGCCCGCGGACCCCGGCGCAACGCAGGUCUGUAAGCCCGCGCUCUCUCGCUGUUCUCCUUGAGCCCCACUGAACCGUCGUCCCUUUCCCCCUGUCUUUCCCCGGGUGGCGUGACUGGGGAGUGCUGAUCCGUGUCUCUGUGAGGGAGUGCAAGAAAGAUCGGCCUAACUCCCUUCCCCUAAGAGCAGGCAGUUAGCUGCCGCACUCCUUGGUGAUCACAGGUUCGGGUUCACCGGGGAGGGUUCUGUCUACAGCUCUCGCGUUGUCCAACCUCACAUGCGUUAGUACCGCUGAAAACGGAUCCUUACUGUGUAGAAUGAGAUCCGCUGGUGGUGCGUGAACAAAUAAUCGCGAGUAGUAUUUUGGAGCCUACUUUCUUUUCCUGUCCCCUUUUCCCAGAGAGUCACCUGCAUGAGUAUUACACAGUUAGAACGAUACUUUCUAGCAGGCAUGAAACCAUCACAGUGAUUUCUGAGAAAGGGAAAGUCACUUCCUGGGUCUACGGGAUUACUUGAUUCUAUAAAUAUGUAUCGGGAAAAUGAGCGCACUGUUGUCUGAAAAACAGCUUCAUCCCCCGCUGUGCAAUGUGUCAAUGGUCACACACUCAGGAGAGACAUUGCUCAUUUAUUUCAGGGUUGCACAAGUCUGGGUGCUCGGUGGUUUUCCACAAAUCACCCACCCCGGAGCUAGCUCCUUCCUUAUAUUUAUACAAUAAAUUCAUACACUUUCUGCCUAUUGA